AUGCAUCCCUUUCUACCUCGGUUAUCCUUCUUCCUCAUCCUCCAUCUCUACUUUCUGCCGUCAUCCUCUCUCUUCGAUGGUGAUCUGAUGCUUCCAGGUCCAACUAUGUCAUUGGAACACUUGGACCCCACUCUCCCCCCUGCCCUCCCUAGCCAGCCCGCGUACUGCUCGGUCGUCGUCCUCCAACAGGACUUCGCCGACACCGUCGGUUCGCCGCCGGUCUCCGCCAACUACACCCACCCCCCGGACUGCCCCUUCCCUUGGACGCGCGUGGUCCUCGGACUGUCCCUCGCCGUCUCCGGCCCCCAGGAGACCCGCGUCGGCGCCGUCUGGAUCGACGGCGUCGAGGUCCUCCGCACCAUCACUCCCAUCCCCAUGGCCCCUGGCGCCUUCUGGCGCAUCAACAAGGACGUCACCCGCUACGCCGCCCUUUUCCGCCGCCUGGCAAACGGUGGCGGGGUCGUGUCCAUGAUGCUUGAGAACUCUAUCGCCGUCCUGCCUGGCGUCUUCAGCGCCAACGUUUCCCUCCAUUACUACCGCGGACCGCUCGACGACGGGCAGGCGGCGUCGAUGCCCGACGUGGCGCACCCCUCCAUCAGAUUCCUCUACCACGAGCCCGCCGACGUCGUCCUCCCCGUCUCCAAGCCCGAUGGGCACUACGGCUCCGGGUUUUGGCAUCGUAUCGACAGCGAGACUGGCGUCGAGGCCACCACCGUUGUCAUCCCCAGAAACGCCUACCGGGCCGUCCUUGAGAUCUUUGUGUCGUAUCAUGGCGACGAGGACACAUGGUACACUAAUCCGCUACGAUCAGAUUAUCUUCGCCAGCCUACGACGGCCAAGUUGUCGGCUUCGCGGGCCAACGGCGCGUUCCGCCAGGUCUAUGCGACCAUCGACGGGCGGUACGCGGGCGGGCGCGUGCCCUUCCCGGUCGUCUACCCCAGCGCCAUCAACCCCUUCUUCUGGUCCCCUGUGACGGCCAUCGGCGCCUUCGACAUGCCAUCCUACGACCUCGACCUCACGCCGUUCCUGGGGCUGAUGCUCGACGGGCGGCCGCACGAGGUGGGGCUGGGCGUGCGCGGAGCCCAACCGCACUGGCUCGUGGCCGCCAACCUCCACCUCUGGAUCGACCACUGGUCGGAUGCGGUGCAGGCCGGCCCCCUCGAGUAUUUCGCGCCGGCCAUCCAGAUGAACCGCAACGCGCAGUGGCGGAACGUGGACGGCGAGUCGGAGGUCGGGGCGGAGGGGCUCGAGCGGUUCGCCGGGUGGGUGAGCUCGUCGAGGGGCAAUCUCACCACCCAGGUGCGGCACAAGACCAAGAUGAAGAGCGAGGUGGAGGUGCAGAACCGCGGAACGGUCUCCCAGAGCGACUUCAUCUUCAAGGAGCGGACGACGGUGACGGUCCUGAGAGGGAACCAGUGGAUGGCCCGGGUGCAAGCGGUGGUGGAGGCGCCCAUGCAGGUGCAGACGACGGUACAGAACGCGGUGGGCGCGCCAGCGCUGCAGAAGACGCGGUUCUUCCACCAGCUGAUGCAGACGGUGAGCCUGAACGAGGGACAGUCCGGGGCGACGACGACGAGGGAGCUGACGGACCGGCAGGACGCGGAGGGGUCGGCUAUGACGAGCGGUGGAUGGGGGAGCGGGAAGAGCCGGUCGGCGUACCGGUACAAGGACGGGAGCAGGUGCUACGCUCGCAACGUGAACACGGCCGGCGGAGUCGUCAUCCAGGACAAGAAGGCCUCCUGUGCUGCCAUGGCCGGCGUCGCCUGA